CAAGAGAUAUGGUCAGAAAAUGCCAUGGCUUACCCCUGGCCAUAGUCGUCUUGGGUGGGCUAUUGUCAAGAAAACAUCCUGAUGAGUGGCCCAAGUUGCAGGGCCGCUUCUGGCGGCAUGUAAGAGGUGACGACUUUGAAAGCCAUGACUCGACUCAUGUUACACAAAUAUUGGCUUUAAGUUUCACCGAUUUGCCUCAUCACUUGAAGUCGUGCUUUCUUUACUUGGGGUUGUUCCCUGAGGAUUUUGAAAUUGAUGCAGACAGACUUAUACGGUUAUGGGUGGCAGAAUGUUUCAUACAACAAGCAGAAGGAGAAACUUUAGAGGAGACAGCUGCAAAAUAUCUAAAUGAGCUGAUUGACAGAAACUUGAUUCAAGUAGCUCAAAGAAACUGGAUGAGAAUUGGAAAAUGCCGAGUGCAUGAUCUUCUUCGAGAUUUUGCAAUUGGAAAGUCGAAGGAGUUAAAUUUCCUUCAUAUCUAUGACGGAAAUGUUCAUUCUGCACCCUCUCCCUGCAAACAUCGAAGACUAGCUUCUCAUAGCUGUGGAUUAAAAAGGUUUGCUUCCUUUGAUCAGUCAUCAAAUUUGCAUUUACGAACCCUUUUGUUCUUCGACUCGGAAAAUGAAUCCGCCGAAAUAGGGGAGUUACAAUUUCUGUACAAAAAAUUGAGAUUGUUGAGAGUGUUAGAUCUUGAGGAGAUCAUAUUCAAACAUUCCCAAGAAGAAACAGAGCAUGUAAGCUUAGUUGAUGCAAUAGAGAAGUUGAUUCACUUGAGGUACUUUAGGAUAAGUGGCUCCAAAAUAAACAAGAUUCCACCAUCCAUAGGUAACUUGCAAACCCUACAAACCCUGGAAUUUUCCAAAUCAGAUAGCUCAAUUAUGUUACCAGAUGAGAUAUGCAAUGCAAAGCAGUUGAGACAUUUAAUUGGAUGCUUCAAGUGGCCUUUCCGAGUAGAAAACCUAACAAACCUUCAAACUCUAAACUGGAUAGACAUUGAGGUUGAUGACCGGAUGGAAUUGAAUCCAUUAACGGAUUUAAUCAAUCUUCACGAGCUUUGCGUAGCAUUGAAUGGAGAACUCAAGGGGUUCACUCUAGACUCUAUUGGUAGAUUAAGAAGCCUCCAAACAUUAUUUCUAUAUGCGGACACUGUUUGGAAUCCUACAUUGCAACCAUUUUCUCACUGCUAGCACCUCAUUCAAUUGAAGUUACUUGGAGAAAUAGGAAAGCUACCGACAGAGAUGCACGAAUUCUUACCGAAUCUCAAAUACCUCUCCCUGUCUGGAGAGAAAAUGGAGGAAGAUCCUAUGCCGUCAUUAGAGAAACUUCCAAAGCUGACAAUUCUUGACUUGUUGAAUUACACCGUAUAUAAAUUUGCUUGCACUGUAGGAGGGUUCCCUCAACUCGAAAUCCUAUUUCUUGUCCAGUGUCACGUGAAGGAGUUACAAGUGGAUGAAGGAGGAAUGCCUCUGCUUCGGGGUUUGGGUCUGUACCACAGUGACAAGGUUAGCAUCCCAGAGAGAUUAAGGUCCAUCCCUGUCCCCAAAAAUUGGGAUGUCGCGGAGGCUGAUGACUGGCCCUACUAACAAAGAAAACAAGUUACAGGAAUGAAAGUUGGAGGAAACAAAGGAAGUGGUUGGUGAUGCUUGUGUGUGCCUGUUGUGCUGUUGGAGACUUGGAGUUCUUUUUAUUUAUUUAAUUUUUUUCCUUUCUAUUUGUUGUCAUGUUGGCGUGCUUGUCAUGUUUGUUGUAUUUGGAUUUUUGAUGACUUCUCUUUUUAUUAUUUAUGUAUAAAAGACUGAUGUGUGGUUAUAUUACUGCUACUAUUGGCUAUUACUUUUUUAAUUGUGAUGAUAUAUAUUGUUAUGAACA